UGAAGCAAGGAGGGGUUGUUGUCUCGCUUCUUAUAUUUACAGUACAAGAAAACGUUCUCUGUAAAGUAAGGACAGUUUUCACCAAGGACCGUUAGUAUAUACACCACUUAUUUCUUUGACUUUUUAACUGUUUCCUCUUCCCGCACCAGUGAAUCCAGCUGUGGGUCCGGCAGCUGAAGCAGAUAAACUGCCGGUCUUAGUCCAGUGAUGUCUUCCUUCUGGUGGCCUUUGCUGGACGCAAACGUUACCACUUCUCCCAGCUGCUUCAACCAGAGCACCGUCCUGUCAGGCCAUGACUUUGGUGGAGUGCCAAUUGUCCUGCUGCUCAACUUCUGCGUUUUCAUUGUGUUGCUGCUCGUCUUCACAGUCAUCAGAAAGAAGUUCUGGGACUACGGUCGUUUAGCUCUGGUUGCAGACAAUGAAGGGUUCAACGAGUCAUCCCACCGUAGCUAUGGGCGAAUGCCGUCCACUGCAUCCAACAUGGAGGAACCUGAGUAUGAAACGAAAUUUUGCUCUUGGCUGCCGUACACUGUCAGAAUGGAGGAGGAAAAGAUCAAAGAAAAAUGUGGCACCGAUGCUAUACGCUACUUGUCCUUCCAGCGUCAUUUAAUAAUCCUGCUAGUGGUUCUUAAUGUCACGUCUCUUGGAAUCAUUCUGCCWGUAAACAUGACUGGAAAACUGCUGGACAAUGAACCUCAUAGUUUUGGAAGGACAACCAUUGGGAAUCUUAGCACUGGAAACAACCUGUUGUGGCUGCACACGGUGUUUGCAGUUCUCUACCUGUUCCUGACGGUGGUGUUUCUGCGACGACACACAUCAAAAAUGAAAGACAUGCGCAGAGAAACCUCCAGAAACGUCUUAUUUGUGUGUUUAAUCCCUAAAACGGCAACAGAGGAUGAUGUGAGGACCCAUUUCACGGAGGCGUAUCCUACUUGUCAAGUGUACGAUGUGACUUUAGGCUACGAUGUGGCCAAGCUGAUGCACCUAGAUAAGGAAAGGAUCCGAGCUGGAAAAAAUCUGCGGUACUACGAGCGUGUCUUCGAUAAAACAGGGGUACGUGAGUCGAUCAGCCCUCGUGUAUGUGGCCACUUUUGUUGCUGCUCCAGCUGUGAAAAGGUUGAUGCCAUAGAAUAUUACAGUGAUAAAGAAAAGGAGCUGCUGGAGGAAAUGAGACAGGAGGCAGAAAAAGUGCCAGACCACCCGCUGGGAAUUGCUUUUGUCACCUUAGAGUCAGAGGCUAAGGCCAAGUACAUUCUGAAAGACUUCAAUGCCAUUAAGUGUGGAGGAAAGUGCUGCUGUGGGAGGGAACCACAGCCUUCUUCUCAAAGCCAAACUCUAAAAGUGAACAAGUGGCGAGUCAGCUAUGCUCCACAUCACAAAAGUGUGUAUUGGGAGAAUCUUUCAGUGCGGGGCUUUUGUUGGGUCUUUCGUUACAUGGGAAUAAACAUCUUACUUUUCAUCGUGCUCUCUUUCCUGACGACUCCCACCAUCAUCAUGAACACCAUAGACAGGUUCAACGUGACUAAGCCUAUCUACUAUCUGAAUAGCCCUCUCAUCAGUCAGUUCUUCCCAACUCUUCUGUUGUGGUCCUUCUCAGCAUUGCUGCCUACAAUGGUGUACUAUUCUACACUAGGGGAGGCACACUGGAGCAGGUCCAGUGAGCAGCUGAGCAUGAUGCGCAAGUUGUACUUCUUCCUGCUCUUCAUGGUUCUGAUUCUUCCCUCACUGGGUCUCACCAGUCUUGCAUGGUUUUUCCGCUGGCUAUUUGAUAAAAAAUUCAUCAAUGAUGGGAAAACAAGGUUUGAGUGUGUGUUUUUACCGGAUCAAGGGGCAUUUUUUGUCAACUAUGUGAUCGCGGCCGCCUUAGUGGGCUCGGGGAUGGAGUUGUUGCGGUUGCCAGGGUUGCUGCUUUACGCCAUACGUUUGAUGCUGGCUCGUUCUGCUGCUGAAAGAAAAUACGUCAGACAGCACCAGGCCUAUGAGUUUGAAUAUGGAGCCAUGUAUGGCUGGACUCUGUGUGUGUUUACUGUCAUUAUGGCUUACAGCAUCAUCUGUCCUAUUAUUGUGCCUUUUGGUCUCCUUUACAUGUUGCUCAAGCACCUGGUGGACAGACACAACUUGUACUUUACUUACCUGCCUACUCGCCUUGACCACCAAGUCCACCUGGGAGCUGUCGAYCAAGCUCUGGCCGCACCGAUCAUCUGCCUGAUAUGGCUUUAUUUCUUCUCUGUCCUCAGAGCAGGUUUCAUGACGGCUACAUCUCUGUUCACCUUAGUCGUCUUGUGUGUCACAGUCUUCAUUUGUCUCAGCUUCACCUGCUUUGGCUUUUUAAAGUACCUCAGCCCACAUAACUACGAGGUCAAAGAAGAGGACAAUGAUACAGCAGAGAGAGUGGAAGAAAAUGUUAAGGUUUACCUUCCAAGAGUGCUUAAUCCCAAAUCGCCUGCCAAAACCUCAAAAGUUCCUCGACAUACGCAGACCUACGGCUCUACAGAAGCAAGUCCAGUUCACGGCUUCAGCCCGGUGAAGAGCACCGAGUCGGAUUCCUGACUUGACGUAUUUCCACCCUGAAUUAAAGCGAGGAAGUCAAAGUGCCUAAAUCUAAUAUUCUAUAUAAUAUAAUAUAUUCUAUGUCUGCUUCCUUUGAAAGCAGACACUUUCACCGAGACCUUCACUGUGCUCACAAUUCAACUUUCAUCAGAGAAAGGUUAAAAAUGCUGUUAAAUUUGAAACAAUUGCUUUUUUAAAGAGUUUUUAUUAUUAUUAUUAUUAUUUAAAUUAUAUUUAGAUGAAGCGUUUUGCUUUUGAGCAAAAAAAAAAAGGCCCACACUUUUUAUAUAGUGACAAAGCACAGUUCAGUUCUUGAGACUUCCUUUUAAAGGACCAAUUUGCCAAAACGUGCCAUGUAGAUCAAGCCACAGUGUUUGCUUCAGAAUAAUGUAAUCCAUUUAUUGCACAUGCUAAUGAUCAAACCAAAGGCUGGAUGAGCACAAUCUGCCAUUUGUUGAAUAUUCAGUCAGUUUUGAUUGAUCUAAAGUACUUCUUUGAUACAUUAGCACCUGCCAAAGGAAACAUUUAGUAUCGCAUUUUUGUAUAGAUUUUAUGUAUUUAAUAGAUUAUUCUUGUUGAAAUAACAAGACUUAAGUAUUUUGUAAGUUAUACGCGGGUUGCAACUUAUGUUUUUGUUAUGUUUGAUCGUCUUGUACUUUUAAUUAAUGAAAAAACGUUUAGCCGGGUCAGUGUUUACUUACUUUAAAUGUAAUCAGGGUUAUUUUUUUGAAUGUGUACAGCUUUAUCUAAAUUGGUUUUUAAAGGAUUACCUUGAAGAAAAGAUUUAUUUUUGAUGCAGGGUUGCAUUCCUUGAAGUAAAAGGGAUUUUUUUUAAUGUUUUGAGGAGCUUUAGUAAAAGGUGACAAAGAGGUCUGUCUUAA